GCUCAGUUUACUUUUGACCACGAUCGGAUCCGGAUGCGUUUCGGUUUUGCGCGCGCUAUCGUUCGGUACUGUGGACGUCGUUGUCGCUAUUGUUGUGAGUCCUGAUGGUGCGCGUGAUUUUGGGUUGGGAACGUAAUUGUCACGAUAUUUGCGAUUGGCAUUCGAGGUGGAUCUCGGAUAUUUGUUCGCGUAAUUUACAGAGCGAAGAAAAGUGGAAUAAAUACUGUGCAGCCUGCGGCUGAAACCUAAUUGAAUUAAAUGGGGUAUCGUGGUUUCCUUUUAUGAAACUUGGAGGCAGGUGACCGUUCCGAUUGAAAACUGACACCAGCUGUCUGCAUUCGAACCUAACCCGUGUUGGAUGAAAUUGGUGACCAAAAAUAAAAUAUAAACGAGGAAAACGCAUCGACAAAAAAACAGAAGGAUCGCGUGAAGCAAAGUGCAAAGAUACCUCCCCCGCUUCCUAACGAAGUUCCAGCAAACAGUUGUCGGUUUGUAAUUCGAUAAUUGCUGAUCGGAUUAUCGAGGGUCGUCGGUGGUGAUCCCGAAGAAGGAAGCGGCGAUACACAUCGCUGGCUGCUGUCGGCACAGUGUACGAUAUUUGCGGUGGGGAAGUGCUCUGAAGCGAAAUCAAUGCUGGAGAUUUUAAAAGGAUAAUUAUACGGCGCACAGGCUGACAAAGAAGAAAAUCUGAAUCGAAACUCGCUGGAGGUCGGUGUCCUGUUCGGUAGUGGCUGUUGAGUGAUUGAAAAAUAUGUGAAAUAUUAUACCACCCUCGGAUUGUGACCCGUUUAUAUGUGAGGAAGAAGGUGAUUGUAAUCGGAGUGACAAGUGAGAGGUUGGUCGUGCAUCGAGUUUUAAACGAUUUUUUAUUGAAAGUUAUUGAAGAAGUGUGAUAUAGACACAAUACGUGUGUAACAGGCGCUUGGAAUACUGGUGGUUUAACAAGGUACGAGAGGCGCUGAAACCAUGUUAGGUCGAUAAAAAAAGCAAACAAAAAGUUUCAGAAAAUAAGUUGGACAUCACAAUACUGGAAACGUAUGUUCACACACUACGUUCAAUUGGUCGCCACGAAACAUUGCCAACGAAGUGAAGCCACACGCAACUAAGCAAUCAAAUCAGCUGGAAACCACCACCGCAUUCCACUAAUUCCGACGCAACCUCACUGCCCAAUCAACGUUUUUGCAAAAUCGAAUUCACAAGACCAUCAUCGCGGCCCAAUUUGCACCCUGCCUGAGCACCACUCAGAGUCAAAGAUCGGCACAGGAAUAGCACUCAACAAACACGAAAUAACUCCAUUAAUUAAGAGAUACACAUGCAUGCUAAUAGUGGGCGGUAAACGAGGCGGAAGUGUAUUUCGCGCAAAGUGACCGAGUGACCGAGCUCCCGUUGCCCACUGCAGUGCCGGAAAAGUCGCAGCCAGACAGCCAUCAUCCGCAGCAACGUGAAAACAAUUGUGCCCCUGCUGGCGACUUCCGGGGCGUUGUAGCAAUCAGCGAAUUUUCCACCUGCCCGACCAACAGCGGGAGCAAAAUAAUUACUCCCCAGCCGCAGGCACUAAGUAAGUGCACAAAUCACCGCCACCCACCAAAGUUCAAUCGGGGGAGUGCACUUUACAUCACUGCCGCAGCAUCCUUCAUGUACGGAAACCACGCGGACUGCUAACUAGGCCAAAACCGGGAGCACGUGAACUGCAGAACGGCGCAUUCCAGCGUGGAGUAGCAUUUCUAACGCGGCUUGAUUUCGGGUCGCACGGACGGACGGUCGGUUGCCCUUGGUCCCUGAAUAUCGGUAUCGGUUGCGAAACACGUGUGAGUUAAAUGCGCGCGGGCGAAGGCUGUGGUGAAUGGGCGACCACCAGGCAAGGCAGCUGAAAUCGGCAGUAAUUGAUUACGACGAGUAUCAAUGUUGGUGGAAAUUUGCGUGCAACAACAGCGGCGUCGGUCUAAUUAGUGAAGCCAGGGAGGAGUUUAUGCAUGGUGUGGGAAAAGAAGACUUGAGUAGCAGUCAUUAGUAAUUAGCAAAAUGAACACAUCAAUUGCUCGGACGGGAAGCAGCACAAUCACUGCCAUCCUGCUGGCACUGCUGCUAGCGGGGGUGCAGAUCACUUCAAGCCAGCUGCAGAAACGGUGCCCAAUCGACUGCGAGUGUAACUUAGAUCAAAGGGGCCUGUACCAGACGGUUUGCAGUAGAGUACAAUGGCGAACGGUUCCGGUGCACGACUUCGACAAAGAAGUGGAAGUGAUCCUGAUUCGGGGAUCGAAAAACUCGCUCACCAUCGGUCCGAUGUUCCAGUCGCUGUCAAAGCUGGAGGCGUUAAAAAUAAACAACGCCAACGUGCCGGCCAUCGGAAUGAAUUCUUUCUGGGGUCUGGUCAAGCUACGCACCCUGGACCUGUCGCGGAACAACAUCACCCAAAUCAUUGUCGAUAACUUCCGAGGGCAGGAUAAUCUGCUGGAGCUGGAUUUGUCGAAGAACCGGAUGGAGCGGAUAGCGAGUGGGACGUUCGGGCAUUUGAAGAGCCUAAAAUCGCUAAACCUGGCGGACAAUUCCAUCGACGAGCUGAACGCACGCCUCUUCCUCCACUUGGCAAAGCUGAAGCACCUGGAUCUGAGCCGGAAUCCCAUUGACGACCUACCGCCGGAGGUGUUCAAGGACGUUCAGGAAUUGAAAGUGCUGAAGGUUCGUGGCUGUCAUCUGUUGAACGUGAACCCGCAGGUUUAUAAUAUGCUGACGCACCUCACCGAGCUGGAUUUGGGCCAAAAUCAGUUUACCUAUUUCGUUCGCACGGAAUUCAAGGAUCUGAAACGCCUGCGAGUCCUCCGGUUGGACGGCAAUCAGCUAUCAGUGGUGGUCGACAAUCUAUUCGAGUAUCAGAAAAGUCUCAACUUUUUAGACCUUUCGUCCAACCGGUUGGCCAAAAUCUCGGAGAAAGCUUUCGAGAAUUUAUCGAACCUCACAUAUCUGGACGUAUCGUACAAUAAAUUAUCACGCAUCGAGCCGGAAUGCCUGGAACCGGUGGCAGCCAAUUUGCACACGUUCAACAUCAGCGGCAACCUGCAGCUGGACCUCAUGGAGGUGUAUCCCACCUUCCAGGUCAUCCAGAACAUAUCGACACUGGCGGUAGCUGACAUGGGUCCACUUCCGUUGAAGUUAUUUACGCCGUUCAAGCAGCUGUGGAGCCUAAAUUUAUCCGGAAAUCACAUUGACAACAUUACACUGCAGAUCAUACAACCGUUGGCGCAUUUGAGGCUUUUGGAUCUAUCACGCAAUCAGCUAUCCGGGGUGGAGGACCGUUACGCUGCACAGUUGGCCCGUAUCGACGACUUGCGAAUGGACAAUAAUCCCCUGAUAUGCGAUCGGUGCCACAUGGGAGCACUCAUCGACAUGGCCUCUGAGCUGUCAUGGCCGGAAAAACCGGUGUGCUUUUUGCCGGAGCGUUUAAGGGGCAUUCCGAUUGACGAUCUGCAGCCGGAUAGCGUGGAGAUAUGCAUGGAGGUAAUUGUUGACGAGGACCAUGAUGCGGCCAGCACGUCGCACAACUUUUUGGAGCAAGCUGGCAGUGCCAGUGUGCUUGCGUUUUGCGGUUUGAUGCUGUUCAUCGUUCUGGCAAUUAUUGUGGUUUCGACGGCCAUCUGCUUCUCACGACAUCGAGCGCGAUAUUACACUCAUGAAGAAAAGCGAGACACCAUGAUGGAGAAGAACGGCACCGAAACAUCAAUCCUGACGGCGGCCGGCAGUGAAAUCAAUUUCAAAUUCCCCUACACGGACCGGGUGUGCACCAUCGACGAAAUAUGCAUCCCACCGCCCCCGCCGCCACCGGGCAAGCCGCCCGCUAACGUCAUCGAGCGGUUCGAUUAACGAACGGAGCAGCCGACUACAUCCUCUGCCGAUGAUGGCGCUUCCACCGACGACGGUGACGGGUGCUGUGCUGGCGAGGGCCCAUCCGGAGCCAUCAGCACCAGCACCAUCGCCACCACCAGCACCACGGUGGCCAUCAUCGGGGACGACUCGGCAUCGAUCUCGGGCAUGGGAACCUCGUCCAGUGCCAUCACGACCAGCAGCAGUUUGGGCGGUAGCAGUACUUCGGGGGGUGGAUCAACCGCGACAGGCCAAGGACGCACUGGAGCUGCUGUUCCACUUCGUGGUAUUUUAAGGAAAAGCAAAGAUGUGUUUUAGGGUUAAGGAGCGUCAGCGGGCCGAGAGACGGGGUCACAAGCUGGACUGUAAAUAUAGUCUGUAAGAUUUUGUAUUUAUGCAUCAAUUUCGUAGUGGGUAAGCGAAAGUGUGAGAAUGAAGACGUUCGAGUUUUUCUGAGAGAGAGACCAUGCGUCUCCAUUACGGAGCUUGUAAAUAUGAAAUGGAAAGAUAAGUCUGUGAAAUUGUAUUUUUUAUGUUUUCCACUUAUUUAUUCGAAUGUUUUUAUUUAAUUCGAUUACUUGAUAGAUAUAUUAACAUAAAGGCGUAUUACGAUCUAUGCCAGGUAAUUUUCCAUGUCUCCUACUUCACUGAAGUCAAGUCGAAUACAAGUCAUCUUUACUUUCAAGUUGUGACCGAAAUAUGCUCAUACUGCCGUGAAUCGCAUAUUUAUCCCAAAUGAAUAGAAAAUCCAGCAAUGAUGGGUCAGAUAUGCGAUUCACGACAGUAUAAAAGAUUAUGAUUUAAGGUACUUAUCGAGUGAUGAUCAUGAAUAAAAUAAUAUACACACGUCGCUCAAGACUGUGUUACAAUAAUUUCACGAUAUCAAUUUUGGUAGUACGCGAGAGUGAACUUCUUUAACUUCGAUGUUCAAACAUGGCAUAUCUCACGGAGUAAGUGCCGUCAAUUAAGCUUGACCUUAUCAGAAUCAUUAAUCAUAAUUUUAAUUAUAUUCUAAGAAAACCCCCAAAUGUAAGCGAGAAUAUCAAAUAUCUCUGCAGAGACGCAUGGUCAAUUGAGUUUAAUUUAAGAACGGAUCCCAUCCGAAGGAUCCCCAUCCCUUCCCAGUGAAUCUCGGCAAAUUAACUGUAAUUAGUCACUAAUGAGUGUUUUGUCGACACCACCAUCACAGCCAGAAUGACAAAUGAUUUCUUAAGUGAGACAACUUGUAAAUAUAGGAACAUGCAAGCGAAAACCGGAAGAGGAACCACACCAGGCAGCGUAAGGAUCAAAAAGAGAAAACAGAUUUACCCAAACUUCUUAGCAACAUCAAAACCGGACGGAAACCGUUUUUAGUACCUACCAAUCCCAUAAUUGAGGGGAAACAUCGUCUCAUUUCCUCGACAUCCAUCACCCUUCCCUUCCCGAUAAAAAAAAACACAAAACGGAUUUAGUGUUCUUAGUCCCGCGUAGUAAAGCUGUGGAAUGUGAAAAUGUUUAUCUUUUGCACAACAGCUAGGAACUGGAACAGAUGGGACGGCAGCUCCUUUGUAACCGGUCGUCAGUAAUGAUGAGCGAAUGAGAGUGCAAAAUCUUAAUGUGCGAAUUAGGGGCGGGGAAAGCGCUUUAAAGCGAUAAACUAUGAAGGCACAACCGCAAGAUUAAUGAAUCAUCAUCACCAUUGAGGUAGCAGCGGUACUUCAGUGGCAGACCACGGAAAACGUUUUCAAGGGAAUUGGAAUUCAUAUUCAUUAGUGUAUGACUGCUAGUGGAUUGUGGAAGUAAGAGUGAAUGUAUUGACGUAGAUAGUAGAAAGAGUUUAUUAUAUCAGAGCGAUUGGAGUCAUGAGUUUGCCCGGAUUAGAGUUACUCGUUCAUUCUGUACUUUUUGAACGUAUCAAAUAAAAAGGAUUUUUGUAUGAA